AUGGAUGAUAAUUUGAGGUUAUCGACUAAGCUCGUGGAGGAAGUGACCAACAUCAAGCCAUUAACCUCAAAAAGUCUUGAUAUCUCAGAGUUUCGACUGCUUCUGAUCGGCCAGGUUGGAUCAGGCAAAUCAAGCUUCUUCAACACCAUCAACUCGAUCUUCCGUGGUUAUGUUACCAGUCAUGCUAUUACUGGUCAUAAUGCUGCCCACAGUGUGACUACCAUGUUCCGCACUUAUGACAUCACGUCAACACCAUAUGGAAAACCCUUCAAGUGGAAAAUCUGCGAUACUGCUGGAUUACAGGAAAAGGAUGGAUUGACUGUAGCGGAGCUUCUCUAUCUGGUAGACGGCAACAUCCCUAACAGAUUCAAGUUCAAUCCUUACGAGCGCAUCACUCCUGAUAGUCCAGGGUUUAUUGAAUCACCCAGUUAUUCCCAGAGGGCUCACUGCGUUGCCAUAGUGAUGGAUUCCUCUACUGUUGAUAACUUGACUGAAGAAAUGUGGCAAAAAUACCAAAUGCUACAGGACGCACUCAAUGCUAGACGAAUCCCGUUAGUAGUACUGUUUACCAAGAUAGACCUGGCCUGUACUCAGACUCGUGAAAACCUACUCCAUGUCUUCCACAGCCAGCGAAUCCAAAACAAAGUGCGCAUGAUCAGCAAGAACCUUCGUAGCCUACCAACCAAUAAGAUCUUUCCAAUCAAAAACUACGAAUGGGAGACCGAGCUCAAUCCACACGUGAACAGUCUAUCACUGCUGGCCUUAAGACAGAUGCUUCGCUUCGCUCAGAACUACGUCGAAGAAAAAUCUGAUCAAAUUUAUGAGAUGGGUACCCUUUGGAGUCGACGUACCGCGCAUGAAUGGGUUCUCAUCUUAAUUGUGUUCCUAACUGCCUUCUUUUUGUUCGUGUAUUUUACACUUGGUGAAUUCAUGUUUGUAUCGAUCGAUUCAGGAGAAGCGUUCACUAAUUCCGAAGAGGCAGAGUUUCUUAUUUGA